ACUUGUCUCACUUCGCGUUGCUCAUCAGCUUCCUUCCUUCCUGUUGAAAAGCUCCCACACACCCUGCACUGCUCGCAUUCAUUAUCUCAUCAUCAUGGCAGAUGUUCUUUCUCUCUCCCUCCAUCUCGUCCUCCUGCUGUCCUCACUCUCCCUCUCAGCAACAGGAAAUCCACUUCCUGACAUCACAGACCCGGAGUUCAUCAGCAGCUGUGUGAAAGAACACAACCAAGCGCGCACCAGCGUCACUCCUUCUGCUAGCAACAUGCGCUACAUGACAUGGGACGAUGGCCUGGCAGUCCUGGCGAGGGCCUGGGCGAGAAAUUGCCUCUUUAAACACAAUCCUCAGCGAACUCACCCUGUCUUGCCCUCAGUCGGGGAGAAUAUCUGGGCAGGAGCUCCACCCAGCACAUUUGGAGUGAAGUCAGCGAUGCAGAGCUGGGUUAAUGAAGUUAAAGUCUAUGAUUACAACUCACUUUCCUGUACAAAGAUCUGCGGCCAUUACACACAAGUGGUUUGGGCAACAACGUAUAAAGUCGGCUGUGCUGUGAUGGCUUGUCCCAACGGGGUGCGUGAAACAUCUUUCUCACACUUACCAGGAGCCAUAUUCGUGUGUAACUACGCAACAGCAGGAAACUACGCUGGCACUCGUCCGUAUGCACGUGGAGCGCCCUGCAGCGCGUGUGCAGGAGAGACGUGUGUGAACAGCCUCUGCCACAACGCCACUCGAGACGCUGCGAUACGUAAUAACUGGACGCCGGACUGGGACCCAGCUCUGCAUGUGUGUGGUGUGUUCUGUAAAACUGUGCUGAUCAUCAGACCCAUUUCUUUGUUGUUGAUUUUUGGAAGUGUUUAUGUAGUUCAGCGCCGCUGUCCGAACAUCUUCGCUUACAUAAACUAACACACACACACACACACACACACACACACUUAACCCUAUGUAUCUACAAUGGCUUUAACUUUCAUCUCUCUUGUGUAUGUGUUUAUUUCCACUAAGUGAUCUUUUAAAUCAUAGUUCACUUUUACUGAAAUGAAAAAUAAUAUAUAAAUAAAGUUGUUGUUGUUAUUA